GUCAGUCCAUCAAACUAAGUGGCUUGUGAUGCAGAUGUCCAGUAGAAGAUCCUGGGAUUGAGACGUGCAUCCCUUCACACUGAUGGCCUGGACUGAGUUUCAGCUGGCCUGCUGAAGCUAUGGGGAGCUGUUGGAGUUGUCUGUACAGAGACCCCAUCCGAGACAACCAUCUCACCAAAUUCAAGGUCACCAAUGUGGAUGAUGAGGGCAACGAGCUGGGCUCUGGCAUCAUGGAGCUCACACAGACCGAGCUCAUUCUUCACACACGCAAGAGAGACGCCAUCCGGUGGCCGUAUCUCUGCCUGCGACGCUACGGCUACGACUCCAACCUGUUCUCCUUUGAGAGUGGUCGCCGCUGUCAGACUGGGCAGGGAAUCUUUGCCUUCAAGUGUUCCCGGGCCGAGGAGAUCUUCAACUUGCUCCAGGAGCUGAUGCAAUGUAACAGCAUCAACGUUGUGGAAGAGUCGAUGAUGAUGAGUCGCAGCGGUCACACGCCGGAGAUGGAGAUGGCCCGCACGCCACAGACUCCCAACACUCCAGCAUUCCCUGUGCAGGCUUUCCCCAAUGGAUACCCUGGUUAUCCAAUCAGAGGCGACUCCUCCCAACCCUCUCUUGCUGAUGAUCAUGGACAUAGUCUCAUGGGUUUGGACGACCAGACCCACACCUAUGUAAACACUGUAAGCAUGGAGGGGGAUCUCUCUAUGCGUCACUGUGUGCACUCCCUACCUGAGGUGCGGCCCGGCCCUUUCACUGAAACAACACGGGGAGCCAUGCCCAUCGGGGGACAAGGAAACCCGCAGCCCAACCUGCGGUGCUGUCCCCUGGAGGAGCGCAAAGAUCCUCAGGUGUUUUUACAGCCGUCCUCACAGGAGGUCAAAUUCAUGCUGGGCCCCACUCCAGCACAGCGCCAUCUGCUUGAGAGAGAGAGGGAGAGAGAGCGGGACAGGCAUGGGCACAAUCCUCACAACCUUCAGCCAGUAGAGGGUGCAACAGGCUCAGAGACAGAGGGAGAUGAGCCCACGAUGCACCUGUGCAACUCUCACUCCUAUCACCAUUUCCAUCACCAUGCGCACCGCCACCCGGGGCACAAGCACCCCGACAGCUGCCAGGGCGGUGAGCUCACCUACGAGAACAUCAACGGCCUGAGGAGCGGCCGGAAGCAGCGGCUGAGCCCCAGCAGCGUGUCGCAGUCUGUGGGUUCCAGCAGCAGCAGCAGUACCGGGGACAGUCACUCCCACUCCCUCCUGCACCCCCACCCUCACGGCCCGUCGUCUCUCCCCCCGCAAGGCUACGCCUGUGAGAGGGGCAUGGGUGGGGGACACCGUCGGACAGCUUUGCUGAACUACGAGAACCUGCCCUCUCUGCCCCCGGUGUGGGAGUACAGCGCUCUGCAGCGUGAUGACGAGCAGGAGGAGGAUGAUGACGAGCAGGAUGAUGAAGAGUACGAGGAGGAAGAAGAGGACUUUGAUGAGUAUGAGUUCUCCGAAGGCCCUGGGACACCCAAUGGGUACCACCAGGAUGGUCGCAUCCACAGAGACGCCCUGCAGAACUAUGUCAACACAGAGCAGGUCCAGCCACCCCGGCUCCAACAUGCCUGUCCCCCGCAUCCCCGGCCAUGUCAGACGGACAGAGGGGGAGGAAUAUUUAGCUUUGAUUUCGGCAGACGAUCAAGGUCAGGGGUCGGAGGCUGUGAGCACGGCCACAUGCCUCCAUCACGGCAGCUGAAUUACAUCCAGGUGGACCUAGAGGGAGAACCUCCCUGCCAAGCCCUCGGCGGCGGGGGUGCCCAGCCCCAGCCACAGCACCAGCGCCUGCCACCCAUAAAAUGUGGCGCACAGGCACCCCGGCGCAGCGAAUGCUACGCAGUCAUUGACCUAAAGAAGACCGCUGCCAUGUCCAACCUGCAGAAAGCUCUGCCCAGGGAUGACGGGACUUCCAGAAAGACUCGCCACAACAGCACAGACCUGCCUCUGUGAACAGUGUUCGAACUGAAGAGGAGCGAUGAAGACAGAUGAUGGCUUAUCCUCAUCUUAGCACACUGGACCCGUCACUGUCAUCCAUCCAUUCAACUGUCGGGCUGACUAACACAAAUACAGGUACCUAAUUAGAAACCUACUGAAAACACUCUGUGCAAGAGGAAAUAAGAAAUCUUUGAGGAGAAUUUGCCAUUUUAAUCCUUAUUUAUCAGACAUGGGCAGUGAAGCUCUUUUGGGAAAUCUGCAGUUGUUACUGCAAAUACUUUUUGCUGGAUAUAUGGAAGUGUAUACAUGAGCAUAAAAUCAUACAUACCGAGGAAAAUCAUACAUUUAUGAUUUUAUGCUUAGCUAUGACUCGGAGCACUGACCUCCAUUCUCAGUUGAAGUAUUCAUGCCAUGCUGUAUUACCAAACUUUGAGAAACCCAUCUUCAAUCACUAAUAUUGUUUUUAUUAUUAAUUAUCACCCCACCCAAUGUUUAAAUAGUUUUGAGUCAGAAACGUGACUCUUUACAGAAAGUUCUGAUAAGUAUUUUGGAAAUUUUUAAAGUUCGGCCAAGAUACUGGACAAUGUUCAUACCUCAACGCAAGCACCUAAGUGAUGUUGUGGCUGAUAGAAGUUCUUUGUUACGAUAUGCCUGUAGAGCAUUUUGCACACAAUCCUAUGGAAUUGUAUUUUAUCAUAUUUUAGGAAUAGUUUUGUCCAAAUCCAGUUGAAAAAGUGGAAUAAAAUAAACAUAACCGCAGGAGAAUUAGACUUAAAACUGAACAACGGUAAACGUAGCACACACACAGUUUAAACAAGCUUUCGCUCCCUCCUUAUCCACAUGCAGCAAAAUGAAAAAAGUAGCAUAUCAUCUUUUGAUCACGUCUCCUGCAUAUCAUCCCUGACCUGCGGAAGGUCCACAGCGGUUUUACGCUUGUCACGUUGCACUUUCGACCCCGGGAGCCACUGAAACUUGCUUUGUCACGAUACACUCGCUCUCCACUGGAGCCACAGGUCCGACCUUCUCCCCCUUUUUUUUUUUUUACCAAAAGCAGGAGGCCAAAUACUUCAUGGACACUCUCAGUCAGCGAUGUAGGCAGAGUUUAUUCCAAUGUUUCUUAUGGCGACAUCAGUAACCUCAAAUAGUGGCAUUAAGCUAUGACCUCACCUAAAACGUGCUCAAUCUGACAUUGUCAGGUGUGAGUGGUCGAUUUAACAGAUUAUUAUUAAGUAUGUUGAAACGUCAUGCUGUGGAGAUUUUUGUGAGAAUAUUAAUCAACCUUCAUAGUCAGAUAUUUAUUUAUUUAUUUCAUGCUUAAUUUAUUCUUUUUUUUUUUUUUUUACUAAUUUAGUUUUCCAUGUGAUGACUAGCGUUUUCUAAACCAGUUGGUGAUAUGGAGACCAAAGUUUCACCUCAUAUUAUCACUGGAAACUGGUAUGUUACUUUUAUGACUGUGCGUAAUUAUAUUUUUUAAAAGAAACAGAGAGACUGUAUUUAUAUUUUAAGUGCCAAAACUUAAUUGCAAACUGUACAAUGAAUAAAAUCUAACGUGCCAUUAGGAUUUAUAGGACAGACGGGCAAAAAGUGAAAAAGCAGUACAUAGCUGAAUCCAAGUUUUUAAGGAUGACAGAAAUUAAAAAUAAUAAAAAACUGCACAUUCCACCUCAUCCGCAUCGACAGCCAUUUCAGAGCGAGUGACGAGGACGGUAAUCUUGUAGUCUGAUAAUCACAGCUCGGUUGGUUUUAUGCUGCUACAUGUAAAUACGAACAGUAGCCCAUGUAGGUACUUGUACAGGUACUUGUCGAAAUGACGCGAUGUCAGAUCUUUUACCAUGUUGUUAAUAGAAGUAGCAUUGUUGUGUUCUUCUGAGAAAUUUGUUUUCCCCCUGAGCGGUAGAAAAUGUAAUGUGCCAUGAUUUCAGAGAAUGUUUCAUUUCGGGUUGUUUUCCUGACACACUGGCUGUCUGUUCUCGGAGAGGUACCGGAAGCACAGGCCCACUGACGCUGUCAUCUUUGUGUUGAGCGCUCACAUCAUGUUGACAUGUUCAGCCGAAAGACGAAGGCCAAAAUGUUCUAGAUUUAUAAACGUAAGCAGGCCUUCAAAUGCAGAUGUGUUGUGGCUCUUGGCUGAACCUGAUCGUUUUAUUUUUAACAGAGAGUUCAGAUAUGAAAAACAAAUUCUUGACUUCUGAUAAGGACACUCAUUUUGGCUUCUGUGUGACUUGAGUUUAAGUAAGGAUUAACUGCAAAGCGAUGAUUGGCUUUUAAAUUCACUGUUGUCAGUCUGAGUCACAUUAAGAUUUUCCAGCCCUACCCAAAUACCUGUCUGCUCUAACUUAGGUGUGUACUCAUAAUGCAUACCUGUGACUCACUGUCGAUCAUUUCCCCCACUCAGCACCUAUUAAAAUACUGACGACAACGCCCAAUAAAUUUGGUUCAUAAAUUUUUUGAUAGAUUUCCAACACGGAAACCUUGAAUGUCCUCAAAUCAGAAGUUGACAGUUUGUAUUUUUGCUCCACAUCAGACGCUGAUGAGCGAUUAUUACAAAAGGUCUCCUUGAAAAAGGCCAUAAGUCUUCGCUCGUCCCAGGACUGACAUUUUGACUGUACUUGUAGAGAUAUUGUCAUGGACUAGGAGGGAUGUUUACAUUUUUGCAAUAAUAGUUGAAUUAUUGUUUUGUUGAUUUUUAAUCAGACCAAUGUGUAAAGUGUGAACUCUAAAUAGUCUAUAGAGCUGUGGGCUUAAUGUGUUUAAUCGCCUGUUCUUCUGUGAAUCCGCAGUCUAAUUGUUAUUAUUAUUAUUAUUUUUCAGGUUCAAUGUUUUCUUUUCAAGUUUCAUAGUGCGGUUUUAGCUAUGAAAGUUUAAAAAAAAAAAUGAAAAAGACGCCUGUUUUGAUUGUCAGACUCUUUGUUUGCUUAGACUCACAUUAACAGUGCCAUCCAGCAGUAAAACCUUUGCCAGUACUUCAAUUCAAUUUUAUUGUAUUAAACUUUCAAACUAGUGUUGCUGUUUCACACAGGAAUCAGCGAGUGGUGCAUCUAAUUUCUCAGAUUAUAGUGUCAUGUGUUUUUAUGGCAUUUAAAAAGAAAAAAAUGUGAAAAAAAAAUCCAUGUUGAAACGUGUCAACUUUAUUAUUAUAUAUUUUUUUUUUUUCAAUUCUUUUAUAACGCAGUAACCUCACCACCACCCAAACAGUGAAUACAGCAUCAUUACCGCUCAUCCCUCCCGUGUUGACUGAUUAAUAAUGAAUAGAUAUGUUAAAUAGUCUUUUAUUUUCAGGCACCAAUGCCAAUCCUGUGCUCUCACCGCACUUUCAGUUAAAAUAAAGUUGUAACUCAAAGUGGGGGCAUUUCCAGUCUCAUACCUAACAGUGACUGACUCCAUUUCAAUGACUUUCAUUUUUCGUUCAUACACGAGGUGCGAUGAUCGCAGGUGUUAACUUGUUUGCUUGGGCAAGGAGCCAAGUCACGAUAACAACUCCUGAAAUCAACAUCCCCGAACUGGAUUUAUUUUAUGGGUAGUUUAACAAAAGGGCUUGCUCUGUUUAUUCUUCAAACCUGGGCACGUACCGUAAAAAAGUCCAUUUGUGGAAAAUGUUCACUGUGCCUUUCAUAAUCAAGCUGGAAAACAUUUUCACUGCUGUUUAUGAGGGCGGUCUGAUGUUUCAAAAAAGAAAGAAAGAAAGAAAGAAGUCCCCUUCUGUUGUUGAAAGGGGAUUCAAUCAAAGUGGUUUCAUAUUUCAGGUUGGAUUUUAAAAGAAAUCUUCCAACUCUUGCUGAUUCUGCACCAAACCGUGUUUUAAAAGUGUCUGUUUAAGGGAUAUUUUUUGGGAAAUACACUUUUAUGCUCUUAAACUUUGAGUUAGAUGAGAAUAUUGAUAUGAAUCAUGUCUUUAUGAAGAUGCAACAAGAUGCCUGUUAUCGUAAACCCAGGAAACAGUAGAAACACUUCAGAAAUUGGGCCUCUGUUAGCCUUAUAGCUGAACGUUUAAAAAUAUAUUCGGCUCCUUGAAAGCUAACUCGUUGAAACCUGUUGGACAACCUGUUGCCAGGCAACCAGCAGAAGACUCAGUCAGUAAUUGCUCCAGCUUUGCUGGGGGGGAAUUUGUAUAUUCAAAUUGUGGGAUUUGCUAUUUUCCCUUUUUGUUUCCGGUUUUAAACUGACCUUGGAUUGGCUGCAGCUUCACAUUUAGCCUCAAGACAGGAGUUGUUAUCUUUCCUUCUUGCUCUCUCAAGAAUGCAAUGAACACAUUUCCCAAAUUCUGGAACUAGUCCUUUUUAAAUGAAGUUAAUUCUAAUUAAGAUGAAAGGAAAGUGAAUUUAACAUUAGUAAUCGGCUUGGUGGUUUAGGUUGGAGCCAAAUUUUGACGUGAUUUAAAAAGUUGUCGAAUCAGGACUCGUAUGUUGUGUAGCAUAAUGAUGUUAAUUCUGAGUAAAGACGACAGUGUGUUUGUCAUUUUGAUGCCAUGAUCUCUCAUCAGCUGCCAUUUCUCCUCAUUGUGCUAAAGAAUGUGGAAAUAAACCCCUUUCAGAGAUUUCUGUUUUUUUUUCUGUGUGCUUUUCCAAUUUAUCACUAAGUGGAUAAGACGAGACAAGAACACACGCGUGUCAAAUAUAAACCAAGGGCAGAAAGAAAAGCUGCUUGCACCAGAGUGUUUCACAUCAUCUCCAUCAGUGGUUUUCAUCAUCAUCUCUUCUUUGAUGGUUUUGGUACAUCACCUCCCACCAGACAGUCAUAAUCUAAAUGUCAUAUUGUAAAACUUCAGCUUCCUGUCCACACUAUACGAGAUAGAUCUGUUAAAAUAACGAAAGUAUCAGAAAACUGUAAUAUCUCUUAUUAUUAUUACAAUUGUGUAACUUACUUUUAUUUAUUAUUUCGAAAUCUGCUUUGUUUUUGUCUGGUUCGAAAGUGCACCAGGGGGUGAUGUAUUUGUACGGGUCCCAGCUGUACAUCUUUGUGACAGAGUUGUGUGUUUACAUAUUGGUUACAAACUUUGGGACUUUGAUAUCAACGUAUGAAGCGAAAGAGUUUCAAAUACGCUCGAGCACGACAAAACUCCCUGACUCAUGAAGUGAGCCCCUGCCGGAGUCACUCCUGCUGUUGACUCUUACAUGUGUCAUGUGAAUGCACAGCUGAAGGUUUAACCACACUGAAUAUUUUUGCUGAAAAAGGGAAGACUUCUUUAUGUUUCCGUCUCGUUUUGAAAAACAAAAAAAGAAAUUUGUUGUAUGUUUUUGUGUCCAUCUUUCAAAACGAGAGAGGGUCUCAACCUGCCGCCAUUAAGAGGUGUGUUAUCGGACCUCCUCUUCAUCCCAAAAACGAAGUGAGCCAAGUGACAUUUGGUGAAUUUUACCCUGAAUUUGAUCAAUUAUAGAGUGUGGAUUUGUGCAAAAUGUAAAAGUAAAUGUAAUUCUAAUAUUAAAAUGAAGCUAUGAAAAUAUC